GUGGUGGUGCAAGGUAUCCCAGAGGUGUCUCGUGCUGUCAUUCAUAUUGAUGAACAGAGUGGGAAGGAAAAGUACAAAUUGUUGGUGGAAGGUGACAACUUGAGAGCUGUCAUGGCCACCCAUGGAGUCAAAGGAACCAGAACAACCUCGAACAACACUUAUGAGGUUGAGAAAACCCUGGGCAUUGAGGCUGCACGAACGACUAUUAUCAGUGAAAUCCAAUACACGAUGGUCAACCACGGAAUGAGUAUUGAUCGGAGGCAUGUCAUGUUGUUGUCGGACCUAAUGACCUACAAGGGUGAAGUUCUGGGGAUUACUAGAUUCGGACUAGCAAAAAUGAAAGAGAGCGUCUUGAUGCUUGCUUCAUUCGAAAAGACGGCAGACCACCUCUUUGAUGCCGCCUACUUUGGGCAGAAGGAUUCCGUGUGCGGCGUUUCCGAAUGUAUUAUUAUGGGUAUCCCAAUGAACAUCGGAACGGGACUGUUCAAGCUGCUGCAUAAAGCCGACAAGGACGCUGUUCCACCCAGACGGCCUUUAAUUUUUGAUAACCCCGAUUUCCACACCUCCCUCCCAUCGUAGCAGCAGUUGGCCAGCACCAGAGAAUAAGUUGAUUGUGUGUAUAUA